AUGAGGUCCAAGACUCACCUCCGAAAAGGAAUCCCCCAGAGUCACCGUCCACUGAAGGACACAGAGCAGGACAGAGGACACAGAGAACACAGAGGACACAGAGCAGGACAGAGGACACAGAGGACACAGAAGGACAGAGGACACAGAGCAGGACAGAGGACACAGAGCAGGACAGAGGACACAGAGCAGGAAAGAGGACACAGAGCAGGACAGAGGACACAGAGCAGGACAGAGGACACAGAGCAGGAAAGAGGACACAGAGGACACAGAGCAGGACAGAGGACACAGAGCAGGACAGAGGACACAGAGCAGGACAGAGCAGGACAGAGGACACAGAGCAGGACAGAGGACACAGAGGACACAGAGCAGGACAGAGGACACAGAGCAAGACAGAGGACACAGAGCAGGACAGAGGACACAGAGCAGGACAGAGGACAUAGAGGACACAGAGCAGGACAGAGGACACAGAGGACACAGAGCAGGACAGAGGACACAGAGGACACAGAGCAGGACAGAGGACACAGAGAAGGACAGAGGACACAGAGAACACAGAGGACACAGAGAAGGACAGAGGACACAGAGCAGGACAGAGGACACAAAGGACACAGAGAAGGACAGAGGACACAGAGAACACAGAGGACACAGAGCAGGACAGAGGACACAGAGCAGGACGGAGGACACAGAGCAGGACAGAGGACACAGAGAACACAGAGGACACAGAGCAGGACAGAGGACACAAAGGACACAGAGCAGGACAGAGGACACAGAGCAGGACGGAGGACACAGAGCAGGACAGAGCACACAGAGCAGGACAGAGGACACAGAGCAGGACGGAGGACACAGAGCACACAGAGCAGGACAGAGGACACAGAGCAGGACAGAGGACACAGAGCAGGACAGAGCAGAGUCAAAGAAUAA